UUCUGAGUGUCUACACAAAAAUGAAGAUCUCCGACUUGACGCUGUUCUUCAUGUUUUUGAUGUUUCAUGAUUCUGUUCAAUCAUCAUCAUCCAGUCCUGCAUCAUCCGAUCCGUCAUCAUCAAGGUCACGCAACCCAUCAGCAUCAGGAUCAUCAUCAUCCAAUCCUUCACCGUCAGGGGAAAGCGAUCUAGAAACAGCUUUAUCCAAUCUAUCAAUAUCAGAGGAAACCAGGGAAGAAUUAAUAGGUUCAACACCGACUCUAGAAAAACUAUUUCCUGGAUAUAACGGUAUCUUGCCUCUUGUCAAAUUUCUUUACAUGGAUAUUCAAAGACACCCUAAUUUUCUACAUUGCGAUGGCAGGCUAAACUUGUUUCAUCAUGAUCAAGUUUUCUUAGUGAGGGAUCAUUACAUCUUUGGAUCGCGCUGGGAUGAUUCUAUUCGUCAACCAUGCAAUGUGCAAGACCGUUCAAAUGUAUAUGCCGUAUUUUGCAUAAAAAGUGACCAGUGGAUAAGACUGUCUCCUGCUGUUUUUCGAAAAUUAGGAGCAAACCGUCGUUUUUCUAUUGUUACAGCGCUCGAUCAAAUUGCUGUUGAUAACAUACAAGGAUUGGAAAAACAAAGCAAAAAAUACAAACACAAGAUGGCAUGCUUAUGUGCACUUGCUGCCGCAUACGACAUAGAAAAAAAUGCAGCACCACGUCUAGAAACAGGAGAAACAACAAUUCCGCAGGUAAUUCAUGAAAUAGGCGAUAUAUACAAUUCUGUAUAUCGUAGAGUAUACAAUCGUAUAACUCGACAAAACUGGAUUUCAAGAAGACGUAGGGGAAACCAGGGCUGGACAAUGACACUGGGCCAACAGGGAAACUAAAUUUUCGCUAAAAAAUGUGAUUCUCGUUGCUGUUCUUUUAAGAAAUGACCGGAAUAAGGACAUUGAUGUUCUCGGAAAGAGAAUAAGAAA